CUACUACUCCCAUCUGAAGAUACUAUAUAAGUAUUAUUACCCAGUGGAUACCUUAUUGGAACAUUGCAUUAGAAAAAGAUAUGGACAUGUUUGUAUUUCUUCCCCUGGUACUUUGCUUAUUGGCCGGAAGGGUAAAGACUGAUCAGAGCACUAUGCAAGAAUGUUUGAAAGACCCUGAGUAUGAAGAAUUAUUGGAUAUUGCCAAAAAUGGUUUAUCAUCGACCAAGACACUUCGUCGCAAACACAUUGUGAUUGUUGGAGCUGGAAUGGCCGGACUCUCUGCAGCCAAAGCAUUGCAAGAUGCUGGACACAUGGUGACUGUGCUGGAAGCCGACAACAGUCCUGGAGGUCGUGUGAAGACACACAGAGAUCCGGAGGGCUGGUAUGCAGAUCUGGGACCUAUGCGUCUGCCAGAGUCUCACAGGAUUGUCCGUGAAUACAUCAGACUGAUCGGCCUGAAGUUGAGACCUUUUAUCUUAUCAGAUGACGACAAUUUUUAUUUGUUCAAUAAUAUCAGACACUUGACUAAGGAUGUGAUGAAGGACCCAAAUCUGUUUGGUUUUGAACUAAACAUGAAUGAAGAAGGGAAAUCUAUUAAUGAUCUGUAUUAUCAUCUAUUAGACAAGGUCGUCACAGCAACAAAUGGAGAUUGUUCUGUACUCCUGGACACAUUUGACAGAUCUUCCAAGCAGUCUGUCCUAGUGGAUGAAGGACAUCUAAGUGCAGGAGCUGUUCAAAUGCUUGGAUACUACUUGAACGCUAAUGGAAACUACUAUACAUCACUCUUGGAAUCAGCAAUGGCUCCUACUGGCAUCCCAAGUUUCGAUGAGAUUAUCGGAGGCUUCGAUCUGUUGCCCUUAGGAUUAGCCCGGCGUCUAGCAAAUGUCAUCAAAUUAAAUUCCACUGUAGUUAAAGUUAUGCAGACUCACAAAUCUGUGGUUGUAAAAUACCGGAAAAAUAAGUCCUCGACUCUCACCAACAUAUCUGCAGACUAUGUCAUCAUCACCACCACCGCCAAGGCCACUAGGCGUAUAGAGUUCAGUCCUCCACUGAGUAACGAGAAGUACAAUGCUCUGAGUUUCGUUCACUAUACAAGUUCCACAAAGAUUCUUCUGAGCUGUACUGAGAGAUUCUGGGAGAAGGAUGGGAUAGUCGGUGGAAAAAGUUCUACUGAUCGACCAUCUCGUUACAUCUACUACCCAAGUCAUAACUUCACCAAUGGAAGAGGUGUCCUCCUGGCAUCAUAUACUUUAGCAGACGAUUCAAUGUUCUUUUUAUCACUCAGUGAUGAAGAGAGUGUUGAUGUCAUCCUGGAAGACUUGUCCAACAUCCACAGGAGACCAAAGGAGAUACUGAGAAAACUCUGCCCAAAGUAUGUGGUGAAGAAGUGGAGUCUGGAUCCAUAUUCCAUGGGAGCAUUUGCCUAUUUCACACCAUAUCAGUUUGGAGAUAUGUAUGAAUACUUAUCCACACCAGAAGGCAGAAUUUACUUUGCUGGGGAGCACACAUCACUUCCUCAUGGCUGGAUCGAAACCGCUUGUAAGAGUGGUUUGAAGGCAGCAAGAGAUAUUCACAAAGACGCGGCCAUGUUUUUUCAUAGAUAAUUCCUUGGUUAUAUUGUGUAGAUUCCUAUAAAUUGAGAAAUAAAAUAUGUCUAAUAAAAUGAAUAAACAUGGUCAUAGAUGGCACAUGACUGUGGUACAUCUUCAAACCUCCUAAAAGGAGCACUUUUUAACACAAUACUGGAGCCCUACGAUACAGCAUGGUCUCAUAUGUCAAGAUAGAGUCCUGUACAUAGCUAGCUGUGUUACUUCUGUAACUCCCUGCAUGUGUACCAGCAGUAUAUGUGGGGACAUACUCCACGGCACUAGCCUAUGUGCCAGAGAUAGACUCAGUGUUUUAGGUCGUAGCUAAUUGCUUAUUCAUGUCAUUAGGUGGUAGUUACUUUAUUAUAUUGUUGGCUACUGCAAAUUUAGCAUUUAUUACAGUUUGACAUAGGUUGCUUUUUUUUUUAGCCUUUUGGUUAUUCAUACUAUUUCUGUCAUUAAUUAUAUCUUUUUAGGUAUAGUUUAUAUUUUGUCAUAUGUUUUAUAUUUGUGCUUGCAGUUUGUGUGGCUCCUUUUGUGCUCUAGACUUACUUAAGACAUGUCAUGGUAGGGGGUUCUACUUUGAACUUUAGCAUUGACGCUCAUGAGUGGACUUUUUGUGUUUUUACUUGUGAUCUGUUUAAUAAACUUUUUCCUCAUUAAAUAUACA